AGUCCUGUAGUCUUGGUGACGGAGAGCUCCGCUCAGAUCACUGCACCUGCUCUCAUUAAAAUACAAAAUAUCACCGUAACACAAGGAUUUUUAUUUGACUACAAGUAUUUUCCCCGAUAAUGGUGGCUUCCUACAUGACAAAUGGAAAAAUGCAUCAUCAUCGGAGCAACACACCCGUGUCCUGGCCUAACGAAAAUAUUUGCUAAGAAGCAGCUGCAGUGAUAGCAAAGGUGUCCAAUAUAACGCAAGAAAACUACAAAUCCCCCCUGCAGAAUUGUGAUAUAUACUGGGAUCCCAUAAGAUAACUAGAUGAAGCAAUUCUUCAGCAGCACAGCAACACUAGUGGUCCAUAAGGAUAUAUUACAGUGAUUUCUUAUCUGGAUGACAGGUGUGUGGCUGAUCAUCCCAGACAAAAUACAGAUGUGACAGGAAGCAUGGAUAUCCUGCUCUAACUCCCUUAUACCCCGAAGAUAAAUAUAGGAUAAGUUACGUGUGUGACUGCACGAUCGAGAGUAGUCAUGCACAGCCCUGCCCCUGAAAUUGUGGCAGGGUACUCUAGUGGAUGUGUGGUGGAUAAAGAUGCUAAUCCAGAGACAACCUUGGGGAGUGCCUACUCUCCGGUGGACUACAUGAGCAUCACCAGCUUCCCCAGGCUGCCAGAGGAUGAUGUGAUGUCCGGAGAAAACACCCUAAAAUCUCGCAAGGAUGAUGACAACGUCUUGAGUGAGCAAGAUACAGACCCGGAUCUGUUUUUGAAAUCGGCUCGACUCCAGCGCCUCCCCUCCUCAGCCUCUGACUUGGCCAGCCAUGACAUCGCAUCCCUGCAGGAGACCACCAGAGACCCCUUUACAGAAGAGUGUGCCUGCCAGCGAGAUGGGCUGACGGUCAUCAUCACAGCCUGUCUCACCUUCGCCACUGGAGUCACUGUAGCACUCAUCAUGCAGAUCUACUUUGGCGACCCACAGGUCUUCAACCAAGGAGCGGUGGUGACUGAUGUGGCUCAGUGUACAUCUCUUGGGUUUGACGUUUUGGGGAAGCAGGGGUCCAGUGUUGAUGCUGCUAUCACUGCUGCCCUCUGUUUGGGGAUUGUCCACCCUCACACCUCUGGUUUAGGAGGUGGUGGAGUUAUGUUGGUGCAUGACAUCCGAAAGAAUGAGACGAGAGUCAUUGACUUCAGAGAGACCGCACCGUCUGGCAUCCUUGAGGAGAUGCUGCAGACAAAUCUUGAUCUCAGUCCUGGUCGUCUGGUGGGAGUACCAGGCAUGCUCAGUGGGAUGCAUCAAGCACACCAGCUGUAUGGCAGAAUACCGUGGAAGGAUGUUGUUACCAUGGCAGCAGAUGUGGCCAGAAAUGGAUUUAAUGUUACGCAUGACUUGGCUGAAGCCCUGGCUAAAGUUAAGGACCAAAACAUUUCGGAUGGAUUUCGGGAUUUGUUCCUCCCCAACGGCCAUGCUCCCCUCCCUGGGCUCUUCAGCAGACGUCUUGAUUUGGCGGCCAUCUUGGAUGCUGUCGCAGUUAAGGGGAUAUCCGAGUUCUACAGUGGAAACCUGACGCAGGAAAUGGCUGCUGCAGUGCAAGCAAGAGGUGGGGUGCUCACAGAGGAUGACUUCGGAAACUACAGCACAGUUCUACAGAAACCAGUAGAGAUCACCUACCAGGGACACCACGUGAUGGCGGCCCCAGCCCCACAUGCAGGUGUCGCCCUGAUCACUGCCCUCAGUAUCCUGGAGGGCUAUAACAUUACCAGCCAGAUGCCUAGGAACAGCACCUACCACUGGAUUGCAGAGUCUGUGAAGAUAGCUCUGGGCCUGGCGAGUGGGCUUGGAGACCCCAUGUUUGACACUUCUGUCUCAGAGACUGUCGCCAAGAUGCUGAGUAAAUCGCAGGCUUCCCUACUCCGCCAGAUGAUCAGUGACUCUCAAGCCUUCCCUGUCAGCCAUUACACUCCAUCAUAUACCUUGGAGGAGGGUGCAGCAGCUGCACAGGUCAUGGUCAUGGGCCCAGACGACCACAUCGUGUCAGUCGUGAGCUCUCUAAACAAACCAUUUGGCAGCAGGAUACUGACUCCUUCAGGAAUCCUUUUGAAUAGCCAGAUCCUGGACUUCUCCUGGCCUAAUAAAACACAGAACUCAUCACCUAACCCACAUAACAACCUCCAGCCUGGGAAGAGGCCCAUGUCCUUCCUGAUGCCCACAGCAGUGAGGCCAGCGGUGGGGUUAUGUGGCACAUAUGUAGCAGUUGGAUCCUCCAAUGGAGAGAAAGCUCUUAGUGGCAUCACACAGGUGUUGAUGAAUGUUCUGUCUUCACGUAAAAACAUGAGUGACAGUUUAGCAUAUGGUAGACUGCACCCUCAGCUGCAGCCCAACACUCUACUGGUGGACUCUGAGUUUCUAGAUGAAGACGUGGAGCUGCUGCAGGCCAAAGGUCACAAGGUUGAAAGGAUAGAUGUUCUGUCAUUGGUGGAGGGCACCCGGAGAACUAAUGACCUCAUCAUUGGGGUGAAAGACCCCCGUAGUGCUGAUGCCUCAGCCCUCACCAUGUCCAACAUGCCCUAGUGCACCCCCCCCCCCCCCCCUAUAUUCAAACAAUGAAACUUUGAGUAGCAGCUAGUUUUUGGCCUGUGGGGUACUGAAGAGUGUUACACUCUGAACAUAUAUAUCAGGUGUCCUGGUGUAAAUAAAUGGAUUCUUUGCACGAAUGAGCAGAUAUAAAAUAAGCAAUGAUGCCACACAGUGAAGCCACCAUUUAAAACACGUGCAUGGUCCUCUGCGCAUUCACUCCACCUUUCUGCUUUACAAUUCUUCCACUACAUUUAACCAUUCCUCCUAAUAACAUAUAAGAUCACAUAGAAAAGGGAAGAAGGAAAUAAUAUUUAAACCAGUGAUAAAGCCAGGCAUUGUCACACGUGGAACAGACUAUCCUAAACUGAACAGAGGCUCAACCAUUUACCCUCCUGCUUUUUAUAUGGUGUUUAGCAGUGGUUAGAUGUUGUUUGGUACAGUGACUGGAGUUUUAACUGUUGCGAACAAUCAAUAGCUCCUUGGGACCAUUUGGUGCGUGUUAAGACUAACACAUUAAAAAUAUGCCACAGAAAUAUGAUAAGAGCUUCACAUCUAAAUUGAUUCCUUUAAACAUGAGGAUUUGCUUCAGUUCAACAGGUGUUAAAUAUUAGUAAUGGUAAAAUAUGUGUAUUUAGAUAUUUAAUUUAAGAUAUUUUAGUUGUUGCACGAUUUUGUUCCUAUUUAAAGCUUGUCGCUUAAAGCAUUUUUUUAGAGUGGGGAUACUUGUUUUUAGAAUGGGAACAAUCAGGAUCUUUAAAGAUAAACUGAAUGUAAUCUGUCUAUUUUUAUAUGAACGUUUGAUUUCUACUGUUGUAUCACAAUGCAUACAAACAGACAUUUUAGAAAAGGCUGUUAUGUUUAUUUUUUGUGUAUUUGUGAAAUUAUUUUAGGUAGUGUAUUUGAAGUAAGAACAAAUAGCUUUUGUAAAGCAUUGCAUUCUAAAAAUGGUUUCGAUUUGAGUCCAGAAUGGCCAAUGCUGACUGAUCAAACUUUACUGUCUGUGUUGUUGGGUACUAGUGCAAUAUGGCUAUUGAUGCUUGUUUUCUGUACUGUAGAGUACCAGCACACAUUUGCACAACACCUGAUGUUUUAUUCCAUGUGCAUUUGUUUUUAAUAAAAAUAAGCACCGUCCAAACCCAAGAAAUAAAAUGUUUGCACACA